UUUACAUUAAAGGAGACAGCUGUGUGUGUGUUGAGCAUGAAGACUCCCGGUUCUGUGCUGCUGUUGCUGUGGGCAGCUGUGGUUGCAAAAGAGAGUAAAGAUCUCCAAGAAACCUGCCAGCCUGACAUCCACACUGUGCUGAGAGAGAUGAGCGCUCUGGUGGUGGAGCAGAGAGUGGAGCUCAGAUACACUAAGACACAGGUGGAGGCCAUGGAGACCAGACUGAGAGCCAGUGAGAAGACAGUCGAGGAGCAGAGAGCUGUUAUUCAGGAGCUGAAGGAGAAACAGGAGGAGCAAGCAGCAGCUGUGAGAGCUGUAGGAGGCAGAGUGAACCUCACGGGGAGCCAGGUGGAGGAGCUGAGGAGGGAGAGAGAAGAGAGGAGGGUGGCCUUCUCUGCCUCACUGGUAGCAUCUGAAGAUGUAACUACAGGACCGUUUAACACACACACUAACCUGGUCUACAGACACGUCUUGACCAACAUAGGAAAUGCCUACAACCCAAACACAGGGGCCUUCACAGCUCCAGUUAGGGGGGUCUACUACUUUGAUGUCUUCGUCUUUGGGAAUGGUCAUGCAUCAACACCCACUGGAGUCUCUCUCCACAAAAACGGAGAGCAUGUUGUCCUUGCUUACAGUGCUGGGAACGUUCGCCAUGUGGCUGCCUCCAACGGGGCUUCUCUGCUGCUGGAAGUGGGGGAUGUGGUCUAUCUGAAGCUGUGGCAUCAUGCCUGGGUUAGAGAUAAUCCUAACCACCACACCACAUUCUCUGGACACCUGCUCUUCACCAUGUAGCCAAGCAUCAGAACAGACCCAUGACAAGAACAAUGGAACAAGCGCCAUUUUAGGAGUGGUGGUGGUGAUGGUGGUGUGUGUGUGUGUAUGUUUACAACACAUUAGUAAAGUCAAGCAUGUUGUGAAUUACAGUAUUUACAUUGAUUACAGUGUGACUAUAAUGUCAGGAAAGUCUUCAAUUGAUUGCAGAUGUAAAUAUCAAUCCCAAAAGGCAGUCGCACUU